AUUUGGAGCAGCAGACGCAGCAGCAGCAAGACGUCGUUUCAGACAUGAGCUCCGUUAUCGUCAGGUCGUCUCCGAUCGUGACCGUCUUGGUCAGCAGCAGCCUCAACACAUUCUUAGCAGAAAAGAGGCUGGACAGAGGGAUCACAUUGGCAGAGCUAAAGUGCAAGCUGGAGCUGGUGGUCGGGUCUCCUGCCUCAUGUAUGGACCUGCAGUUAUUCAGCGUGGAUAACCUGUUUAUCCAGAACCUGGAUCAGGAUGAUGCCUUGCUGGGUUCCUACCCUGUGGAUGACCGAUGCAGGAUACAUGUGAUCGAUAAGAGCGGCACCAAGGCUGGAGAGUACGAAGACGUGUCUAGAGUGGAAAAAUAUGAGAUCUCGCAGGAAUCCUAUGAAAAAAGAUCAGACUCUGUACGUUCCUUCUUGAAGAAGAAUAAGUUGGGGAAGUUCAAUGAAGAGGAAUCGGCUCAAAAGUCGGCAGAGCAGCAGUGCAAGCUGGAGGAGGAGAGGCUGGCAGCAGAGGCGAUCGCCCAAGGGUCUCGAUGCGAGGUGCGGGCUUCUGGACAGCCCACUAAACGCGGCACUGUUAUGUAUGUGGGUUUAACAGACUUUAAGCCCGGAUAUUGGGUUGGCAUAAAGUAUGAUGAACCUCUAGGGAAACAUGAUGGAAGUGUUGAGGGAAAGCGUUAUUUCACAUGUUCUCCAAAGUACGGCGCGUUCGUCAAACCCCAGUUUGUCGUGGUUGGUGACUUCCCAGAAGAAGAUUACGGUCUAGAUGAUGAAAUGUGACAUCCCACCGCCUUUAACUUCUUGGUGCCUCCUCCAUGUUCAAACUCCAAGCUUCAACGCCAUGUUCCACAUAGUGUAAUAACAUUGUGAAUCUCGUAGGUUUUUAUGUUUUUUGUUUUCUAAGCAUUUAGCAGAAGCCCCAAACCUUCUUCCGGUUUCCCCUAAUAAUGCUGAUGAAUUCAUCUACGUGGCAAGAAAGGAAAUCAACGCAUGAGAAACUAAUGGCUGCCUCCAAGUUGACUCUAACUGGUAUAUAUCAGAAGAUAACUAGGACUUAGUAGAACCUGCUAGUUCUUCUUAGAUCCUCGGCCAAACAGGACGUUUUGUAGCAUGGAAGUCAAGAUGCCAUGGGGCUGCUGCUGCCGCCUACUAUUACCAGACCGUAAGCUUUCCCUGUGAAGUUUUCCUAAGGAGUUUCAGCUUUGUAAUAUACAGUAGCCCCUGAAAUGAAUUACUACAGAUCUAAUAAUAAAAAACAAAAGACAUUGACAGACUUACUGUAUAUAACGCUACUAUUGUUCAGACCGUCAUGUUGUCUCUCUGACCAAGUGUAUAGUGUGUGUUUUGAAUAAUUUAUUUUCUUCAAUGCAAGUGAUUGGGGAUUUUUCACCUGCACAUUCCUGCCCUCCACCAUCUCUUACAGAUCACUUUCUUUCUAGGCUGAUUUUUGAGUUACGUUUUCUUGUUUUAUAUGCACCAGCAAUGUUUGUUUUAUCGUUGCCCUGAGGUACAAAGCAAAAUUGCUUUUCUUGAUAGUCUGUGUAAAUCCUGAGGCAAUUAAAUAAAACCAAGCAGAUUUUUUUUUCAUUCAGUGAUGUGAUGGCAAAAAAUAAAAGCCAGAUGGCAGUGUG